CUCGAGUUGCAUAGGUGUUGGUCAGUUGGCAAAAGGUGCAUUAUAGUUCUGUUCUUGGGGAGGUGAGUGGUGGAGGUAAGGUGGUGGUCUUGGUUUAACCAGGAUUAGAUCAGUCAUGGCCAGCCGCUUUGUCAUUUUUAGGCUGCUUUUCUUGCUUCUCUGUCUUUCAGAUUCAAUUGUUCAAAUACACAGCGAUGGAUUUGGGAUUAACUAUGGCCAGAUUGCCAACAAUCUCCCAUCCCCAUCUCGGGUUGCGCUUCUUCUUCAAUCCCUCAACAUUACAAGGGUAAAACUCUAUGAUGCUGAUCCCAAUGUUCUACUUGCCUUCUCCAAUUCAAAUGUUGAUUUCAUUAUUGGACUUGGGAAUGAGUACCUUCAAAACAUGACAGACCCUAUCAAAGCUCGAAAUUGGAUUCAACAGCACCUUCAACCUCACCUCCCUCAAACCAAAAUUACUUGCAUUACCAUAGGAAACGAGGUCUUCAAUAACAAUGAUACUCAGUUAAUGUCUUAUCUACUCCCAGCAAUGCAAACAGUAUAUCAUGCUCUUGUUAAUCUUGGAGUAGAUAAGCAAGUGACGGUCACCAGUGCGCAUUCCUUCAACAUCUUAGCCAACUCGUACCCUCCUUCAUCCGGGACUUUUAGGCAUGAUCUUGCUGAGUAUAUCCAACCCCUUUUGGAUUUUCAUUCUCAAAUAAAUUCGCCUUUCCUUAUUAAUGCAUAUCCUUAUUUUGCAUACAAGAAUAACCCGAGUCAGGUGUCUGUAGAUUAUGUCCUUUUCCAGCCUAAUCAAGGGAUGACAGAUCCGAAUACGAAUUUGAAUUAUGAUAACAUGUUGUAUGCUCAAAUUGAUGCUGUGUAUUCAGCGAUUAAAGCAAUGGGGCAUACAGAUAUCGAAGUAAGGAUUUCAGAGACAGGCUGGCCAUCUAAGGGGGAUGCAGAUGAAGCAGGAGCUACAUCUGAAAAUGCAGGCCUAUAUAAUGGUAAUCUAUUGCAGAGAAUACAGGAGAAGCAAGGUACACCAGCAAAACCAUCAGUUCCAAUUGAUGUAUACGUUUUCGCACUUUUUAACGAGGACUUAAAGCCUGGUCCGACAUCAGAAAGGAACUAUGGCCUCUUCUACCCUGAUGCUACCCCAGUUUAUAAUAUCGGAUUACAGAGUUAUCUUCCAGAGUUAACUUAUUCUACAGCAUCCAAGAUAAAUGUUUUGUCUGUAUUCAGUCUGGUGAUCUAUGUUAUGGCACACUUAAUGUGCGGUUAGGAGCGCCUGAAUUCAUCUGUAGAGGGACGGGCAGACUAACACAAUCAAAUUCUUGGAGAUCAUGCAGCUAAAAAAGGAGUUUUUUAAAGGUGAGGUUUAAUUCCUUUUACCAUUUGGAGCAAAAACCAUUAUGAGUUAGUCAUCCAUCUCUAGAACCUAGCCUGUUACUCUUUUGGAAUAUCAUUUCUAUACCAAAUAAUCAUUGCAUAUUUAUUAGAAGUGAAAAAAAAUUCUGGUCUAUCGCCUUCUGCCCUUUUUUUAAUCGUACUUGUGGGAGAUGGCUGUUUUGCUAGAAUUAGCUGAUCAUAUGAUAAGCAUCAGUUGACUUUAGAUACCAAUCAACCUAUUGUAUUUCAGAAAUCAUUAGCAUAAUCUGAAAAUCAUAUGGUUUAGAUUUCUGAAUCAUUUUUGGAACAUUUUAUACCCGGCUGUUUUAGUGAAGCCCAAUUUUAUGGGCAGAGUUUCUAAUUUAUUACUCUUUAUUUGAAA